CUCCAUGCCCGUCAUUAGACUGCAACGGAGUUUGCUGCGGCGAUCUCUACCACUCUUCCGUGGGGUUUCCGAGUGACGGGAGUCAUCUUUCGUAGCAGGUGAAAACGCGAGCCACGCGAAAACCACGAUGUUGUCCUGGAUGCAGGAGGCAGUGAAAAUGAAUCCGUUCUCGUCGCCAUUCACGACAGCCAAGUGCCAGGCGCUGGAGAAAGGCGGUGCUCGGCCGCCUCCGAGUCGUGUCGUUACCGAGGAGGGUGAUAGUUGCGAAUUUGGAUCUAACCAUUAUUUCAUGCUAUGUGGUCUCGGAGGCAUUCUGUCCUGUGGUAUCACUCAUACUGGCAUCACCCCCUUAGAUUUAGUCAAAUGCCGAAUUCAAGUAGACCCUCAGAAAUACAAAUCUGUGUUCAAUGGAUUUCGAGUAACUUUUGCCGAAGAUGGUACCCGAGGAUUAGUGAGAGGCUGGGCGCCUACUUUAUUUGGCUAUUCAAUCCAAGGGAUGUUCAAAUUUGGCCUCUAUGAAGUUUUCAAAGUUCAAUAUUCGGCACUAGCUGGCGAAGAGCUCGCUUAUGAAUAUAGAACCAGUUUGUACUUGAUAUCAUCGGCUUCGGCAGAAUUCUUUGCGGAUAUCGGUUUAGCGCCAUUUGAAGCCGCUAAAGUCAGAAUACAAACCAUGCCAGGAUAUGCCAGCACCUUACGAGCAGCAUUACCAAAGAUGUAUGCAGACGAAGGUCUCACCAGUUUUUAUAAAGGCUUGGUGCCAUUAUGGUUGCGCCAGAUCCCAUAUACGAUGAUGAAAUUCGCCUGCUUCGAACGCACCGUCGAGCUUCUAUAUAAAUAUGUAGUACCCAAACCUAGGUCAGAUUGUAGUAAAGGUGAACAGUUGGUGGUCACUUUUGCAGCUGGAUACAUCGCUGGUGUAUUCUGCGCCAUUGUAUCUCAUCCUGCUGAUACGGUUGUGUCCAAAUUGAAUCAAGAAAAGGGAGCAUCCGCAGGAGAAGUUUUGAAGAAAUUAGGUUUUGGUGGUGUAUGGAAGGGCUUGGGACCAAGAAUUAUCAUGAUUGGUACCUUAACCGCAGCACAAUGGUUCAUCUAUGAUGCUGUCAAGGUCUGGUUGCGCAUGCCUCGUCCGCCACCACCCGAAAUGCCGGAAUCUCUCAAGAAGAAAUAUGGCCUGGCAUAAAAGUAAUGCGCCAGGCACAUUCAUUAUUGUUGACAAGAUCGUUUCGCUCGAUCGUUAGAAAAAGAAACGCAUAAAGCGAUUUCAAUUGAUCUUCGUAUCGUACAUUGUUGAACGAUAUGUCCUACUUUUAUUUUGAAAUAUUUAUUCUGCAGCAUUAUACAACAAAACGUCGACGGGCAAUAUUGCCGCGGUCUUAGAAGAAACAAUUGUGUCUUACAAAUAGAAAAUAUAGGAUACUAAUUGUGCCGUUUCUAUAACUAUCAGAGGCACAAUAAAUUUAAUUUAUAAUAGCAGCAGAUUACCCAGAGUAAUCAUAAGCUGUCAUAUUGUACAUAGGGUGAUCGCUGUAAAUAAACAGUCCGAUUACUCAAUCA